CAUUGUGUGCUGUGUUGGAGUUUAAACUUUGUCCCACAGAAGUCGUUCACAGAGACACAGACACAGUGACCUGUGAGAGAUUUGGUCAGGAUCAACGACUAUUUACCAUUUUUCUGGGAAAGCUCUGUAGCCUGUACCACUGUAGAACUGGACUCAUGGCUCACUACGCAAACCAGGGGUGUGAUGGGAUAGAGUUAUUAGACCUGCUGUUCGAUCAGACUGAUGGAAUCUUACGUCAUGAGCAACUUGGACGCAACGCCAGCCAACCCUGGCCAGUCUCAGAGCAUGGCAUACUGAGCCCAGCAGAUGGCACUGAUGACUUCUUGAAUGUCCUGCUGAGCGGCAAUGAGUCGGUGUCGGGAUCCCCCCUUUGGUCCCCCUCUCCCAGUGACAGCGGCAUCAGUGAGGACCCGAACUCAGAUCAGAUGGACAGCCCUCCACCCUCUGACAGCCCUACCCUGGAGACCCACUACUUCAGUGCUCCACCACACACCAAAUCUGCUGUGGACACUGUGGAGCCAGACUUUUCGAUUGACCUGGGUGCGUGGCCAUCUAGCUUCUACGCUGAGGGGACUGUGAAGAUGCCCCAUGCCUCUGAGCUCCACAAGACCCAGCUGUCCUCUGGAGUUCCCCUCACUGUCAAAGACCUACUGCUGUCCAGCAGCAAUGACCACUCCCAGCAGCCAUCUCAGCAAUCCUUCCAGGAGCUGAUUCUCAAUGAGGAUGAGAAGAAACUCCUGGCAAAGGAGGGUGUGACUCUGCCCAGUCAGCUACCCCUCACUAAGUAUGAGGAGAGGAUUCUGAAGAAGAUUCGCAGAAAGAUCCGCAAUAAGCAGUCUGCCCAGGAGAGCAGAAAGAAGAAAAAGGAAUAUAUUGAUGGCUUGGAGAGCAGGAUGGCGGCUUGCAGCGCUCAGAACCAGGAGCUGCAGAGGAAGGUGUUUCAGCUGGAGAAGCGCAACACGUCUUUGAUGGAGCAACUGCGCAGACUGCAGGUUCUGGUCAUGAACGGGUCUAAUAAAACAGCACAAACGGGGACCUGCAUUCUGGUGCUGCUCCUUUCCUUCUCCCUCAUCCUCUUCCCCAGCCUUCAUCCCUCUUCAGGGAGCAAGGUCAGCCAGGAGGGAGACUUCAGCCCCGUGAGAGUCCAGUCCCGGUCCCUGCACAAUGUCCAGUCCUCACGAGUGCUCCAUAUUUUUGACCGUGCAUAUUCUGUGGCAGAGGAAGCAAAAGCACGUCCAGCAUUCUCGGGAGACCAGGGAGUAGAGGAGAUCACAUCUCUGCUGGGAAAUUCCGACCUCAUCCCUCAUAACACCAGUCUGGAGGAACGGGGCCAUCACCACGGAGACCCCAUUACUGGCCAUAUUGCCACGGUGACCUGGGCUGCGCCCCAUGAUACACCACUCCGCCCACAUGCGGAUGACAUGUGAAAGGGGCAAGGGUAGGGGUGUCUGAUUGCUCCUCACGAUGCCUCUACCUUUUUGAUGGAAGAACUCCAAGCCAGCAGGAAUGCAUCAAUCUUCUUUACAAUUCUAAUCAAAUCUACUGGUUUUAAAUUCAUUUUCAUCUGCCUCAUAUGGAGGGAAUUUGUGACCUGGCCAUGAAGUUUGAGAGAGAAAUGCAGAGACACCACUACUUUUAUUAGUGCAUAUUGCUUUUUAUAUGUUUAAUGGGUCAAUGCAGACUUGACCUGCAUGUGUAUUGCGCAUAAAGUCCUUUAAAAAUGAAUCAUUUGGCCUCAACUCAUCGCCUCAACUCUUCCAAAUCUCUUCUGAUUUUAGGCAUGUAGGGUAACAUUAAAGAAAUAUGCAUUUUGGGUUAGACUUUGUUUUAAAAUGUAUGUCUUUGGGAGUCCGAGUCCUAUUUAGAUGCACCAGUUCUCAUGGAGCCUCAAGCCAGAACACAUAAAAUAAUGCCUGGAAUGAAAAGCUAUGAGACAUGUAAAACUUGUAUUGCUGGCCUUAGAGCAAACUGAAUUUUACAUAUAUGCUUUUCCAUAAAAAUAUUAGUGUUGAUGCGCAAGGUGUCUUCUACGAUGUUAAUAAUGUGUAAUUAAAUUAAUUUACGAGCUCCCAAUUACAGAAAAAUAACUAAAUAUCAUGUAAAAAGUGUUUUAUUUUAAUAUAUUUAUUAUGCUGAAUGAAGUCUCCUAACAUAAAUGUUUCAUGGUACAGUAGUUUGGACAUCAAAGGGGUGAGGUAAAAAAGGGAGAGGAGAAAUGAGACAGAAAAAUCAUUGCCCUUACACAACUGAACUGGAAGGUUAUUCACAACAGACUGAAUGUUUUUCCGCGUACACAAAUACUCUGCCUGACUGAAAUCAAUACACAUCUUUGUGGGCUCCGAACCAGCAUUGCUUUUACAGUUGAGAGGAAAGAACUGUUUCAGCUUGACUUCAGUAUCUGUUUUUUUUACAAUGCCGGAACUCGGCAUUUUCUUACAAUGUCUACAGUUACCUUGAGAGCCUGUGUCUUUCAAAAUCCUCAUAUUGAUGGGGAAAGAGGAAGCGGGGCCAUAAAGAUCUAGCAAAAAUCAGGACUGAAUUGUGAGUUCAUUGCAGUAGUGAUGAGUGUUUAUUUGCACACUGUGUUAUAUUCAUAUGCUUUUGUAAAUUAUAAUAAAAACACAAAACAAUUCA